UAACGGAUAAAACCAUAUCAAGUUUGAAACCAUUAAAUUCAAAUGUUUGCGAUUUGAAAGAUCGCGUUCGUCAUCGUGUAAAUUUUGCUUUUCAAAAUCACGCAUUACUUAGGGUGGACUUGAAUUUUGUUCCGAGGUCUAAUCUCGUUCGAAAGUGUCUGGAGAUAUUAAGUUAUGCAUUACCAGUAGAGUUAUAUUAUAACUUUAAAGCACGAUAUCUUUGUUAUCAAUACACGAAAGAUAAUGAUGUGAAAUCAGCAUCUAGAAGGAAUGAGUGGGAAAAUUUUGUUAUAUCUCUCUUAUCAUUCUUUCCUUUUUCUGUGAAAUCUAAUGAAGGCAUCAAGGCAGAAGAAAUUGAAGGAUGGGAUUUUUUACUUUCAUCUUCACAUCAUACGAAAUUUAAUUUCAAUUCUCAUUUACAAUGUAUUCGUCCGAUACCGGAACAAUUACCGACAAUCGAUGAUGAUUCUAUAAUUAAAAUGUGUGAAAAAUCUAGGGGGACGUUUUUUGCCAAGAAUCAAUCCGACCAAAGAUUUUUAAAUUUUCUACCUGCUAUACUCCUAUCCUUUCACCUUGUUUAUCAAGAUCUAAAAUUACAUACUUUAACGCAAAAAUACGUUGAUGAUAUUUUACCAUUGUUGAUUCAAUUAUCAACAUUUCUGGAUUGGAAAAUUUAUGUUGAAUAUUAUAGGAUAAAUUAUGGAUUAGAUAAAAAAUUAUCUAUCAAGGAAGACGUUCUUAUGAGCACAACGUUAAAUUCCGAUCAUCCUUUCUUUUCACCUCCUGAUAUAACUCAAUGGAUUUUGAAGUGUUUUCGAAGUAAUGUUGAUCAGAUUAAACCUUUUCCAAAUCCCAUGGACAUAAGUCGAAUUUUCUCCAUUCCAAUAAGAGAGAAUAUCUUAGUUCAGAAUCUUGAUUGUUGCAAAAGAAUGCGACAAAUAUGUUCGAUCUAUACUAAAUUAGUUCGUGAGGGAGAAAAUGCAACGAUUUUUGAAAUGGUGAAGUUUGGAUUUACAAGUAAGGACAUUGAAUCUUUACCGUUUGGCAUCGUUGUUCCUUUAUGCGAAGCUAUUAGGAAGUGUCGAGAAAAUCCCCCAGAAGAUUGGCCGGAAGAUGCUUACGUACUUAUAG